AUGAGCUCAAUUAAGGAACAUGUCUCUCAUAUUUCUAAUGGCGAGGAGGGUGACUUGAAAAAGCUCGACACCGCGCACGGCGAUGAAGCGAUCAAGGUCCUGGCGGUGUAUGAGGGUGAUCCAACCUGGACUCCAGAGGAGGAGAACCAGCUGCGCAGAAAGAUUGACAUGAAGCUGCUCCCUGUUCUGUGCAUCACCUACGCAUUUCUUUACGCCGACAAGGUCCUGCUUGGACAAGCGGCCCUUUUUGGAAUCAAAGAGGAUUUGCACCUGAACAGCGGAAAUCGCUUUUCCAUGUCUUCUUCCAUCUUCUACCUUGGGUUUAUCCUGGGCGCUUAUCCAGUCACUGUCCUGGCCCAGAGGUUUCCCAUUGAACGCGUUGCUUCAUUGGCCAUCAUAGUUUGGGGAACAACCUUGAUUCUCACGCCUGCCUGUACGAACUUCCGGGGAUUAUACGCGCAAAGAUUCUUUCUUGGCUUCACCGAGGCUGGCAUCAGUCCAAUUUUCAUGAUGAUUGUCGGUGGAUGGUACAAAAAGGACGAACAAUCUCUGAGAAUGGGUGCCUGGUACUCAUGCACAGGCUAUGUAUCCAUUUUCUCGCCUCUUGUCAACUAUGCACUUGGGCACCUCGGAGGAGCCUUCGCCCCAUGGUUCUAUAUGUACUUCCUCGCCGGCGGCCUAACUAUCAUCUGUGGUGUCCUGGUUUACUUCGUCCUACCCCCCGAUCCUAUCCGAGCCAAGGGCUUCAACGAUAGAGAACGCUUCAUUGCGGUAUCUCGCAUGAGAACAAACAACUCUGGAGUCAGAAACACGCAUUUCAAAGGUGGUCAAGCCAUUGAGCUUCUGACCGAUAUCAAGUUCUGGUUGAUUUUCUUCUACGCUUUGUGCGGUAUGUUUGCCAAUGCGCCAAUUUCGACUUUCCAGGCUAUCAUUAUCGAUGGCUUUGGCUUCAACCCACUCAAUUCGCUGCUUCUCAUGAUACCUUCCGGCGUGUAUGCCGGCACCAUGAUGUUGAUCACAACAUACCUAGCGUACAAAUUCCCUGGAUGGCGCGCAUAUCUCGUCAUCAUGUCCCAACUAGUUACUAUGACUGCUGCUCUCAUGCUCUGGCUUCUGCCUCGGUCGGAACUUGGUGCACUCCUUUUUGCCUGCUACAUUCUCACUACCACCGGUGCUGGAUAUGCAGUGACGAUGGGUCUCUUCCUUGCGAACAACGCUGGCUAUACCAAAAGAUCUCUCGCCUCCUCAGCAUUAUAUAUCGGAUACUCCCUUGGCAAUUUCGCAGGACCCCAGGUCUUCCGACACGAAGACUCACCACAUUAUAAUCUGGGAUUCAUCGUGGUGGUUAUCACCGCAAUUAUUGCGGGUCUCCUUGUGUUGGUGUACCGCAUCCUCUGCUCGUUGGAGAACCGCCGCCGUGACAAGAUGGGAACAGUGGAAGGCUUUGAACAUGCCUAUGAGGAUGACUUGACCGAUAAGAUGUUCCGGUAUUCAUUGUGA